AUGUUGCUCAAGAAGUUUGGGACCAAAUCACAGUUACUUGCAAAACGCAUUUGUAACUCGUCAAAUCGAGCAUCGUCCUCUCUGAUUGAGCCCUAUGGGGCUGUCUUGGGGAGCGUUUCCGAGUUGGGAGAGAUCGAGAAACGAUUGAACACUUUCGCCGACGGAAUCCCGGCGCUCAUGAGGGUUUUGGAUGAAGUGGCAAAACUGCAUCCAUUCAUUGAAAUCGCAGUUGUGGCAUUCAAAGCUGUUUGGGCACUGGAGCAAAAGCGUACAGACAACGACAGGAAGAUUUCUCUUCUGCACAUGGAGAUGAAAGACAUGAUGAGUGUGCUCACUCAGUAUGUUGGGCGCUCGCCGGUCAAGGCAUGGGACUUACAAACUGUCAGGCUCAAAAGUGUCAAAGAUGUGGAUAAAGUUGCUCAAGACGGAUCGACGACGAUAAGAAGCAAGAUACAGUCCAUCAUCAAGGCCACUGCAGACGACAUCAAAGCUUGCGCCAAUGUCAAGGUCCUCCAAGGUCCAGUCUGGGAAGGCCGCCUCGCCGCCUUCGUCGGCAUCUUCGCCCAGCGCCGAGCUGAUUUCAAAAUGGCGUUCUUGAUACACAACACACUCAGCCUCGACGCUAUGAUCGAAUACCGUACCAAAGAGAGUGUCUUGAUGAGGGACAUCGACGAGAAGAUGAGCAAGAUUCUGGGGCGGUUGAUUUCACCUGAGCAAAAGGAGAUGACGCAGAUGAUCGAGAAAAAGGGAGGGCGAAGUGUCAUGACCGAUGAUAACGCGCUCAAAGAAUUGGGCAAACUCGAGACAAAGAUGCUCGCAGCCCAGGGUGGAAGCCCUAGCCAUGGCGGGAAAGCGGUGCAAACCCUGGAUCUGAACGAGCUAAAGCAAGAAUUACACACCGAUCCACAGAAGGCGAUGGACCAAAACAUCACGGUCUUUACAAUGAAGUUUGAAAUGCAGAAGAGACAGAUCAUUGACGAGCUCAAGGGAGUCGUCGAACGCGAAGGUGACAGAGUCAUCACCGCUGUCACCGCUGGUCCCCAUGACAAAAUCAUCGAUCCCAACGUGUAUAUGAUAUGGAAGGAGAUGGGUUGGCGGAGGAGUGUGAAAACUCGCCACUUUGUUGCGGCUCUCCUCGAUCACUUCCAAAACCGAACAGACCACACAACAACCGAGCAAAAAGACACGCACGACAUGCAAAUCAACCAAGAAGACACUUGGGCCUUGGAAUGUCUCAAGUGGGUGUUCUUCCGAUGGCGUGUUGUUUACGGCUCUCAUAAUUUCAGCAUCUCCCGAGUCCAGGCGAUCUCAGAGGAAAUCGAUGACGAUUCGUCUGGGUUCAUCACCGUCGCUGAAGCGAACGCAUUCACGAAUUCACGGCCUCUGCACUGGAGUCUUCCCUGUUGGAUCGCCUACUGGGCCAUUGGCCAACACCUGACGAUGCAAUUCUACGCAGAACGUAUUCGUCAUUUAGUGGCGGAUAUGUUUAGGCUUGUGCCUAGCAUCCUGUUUGCGAACAAACAUCGUAUGGAUAACUACUUGCAUGCAAUUUAUCGUCUUGUCUGGACAUUAGUUUCUUCUCUGAACAAAUGUGGCUUCCGCAACACAUCCCAGUUUGAAUCUCAUAGGGAGACGGAACAGGAGAGACUCAGAACUAACUUGGAGGGGGUCGACUAUCAGUUCGUUCGUUCGUUCAUUUUUCCUUUGGUGUAUCUCUUGAUCGAGCGACACCUGGAGAUCUUGCGGCUCUGCCAAACCAUGAUCAUCAAUGAGGAAGAGCUUUCUGCAGCCGCGCAGGCUCUCCGAUGGCCGUUUUAUGCACUAUAUCAGAGGCUUGAACAACUUCGAAGUACCUGCAGCCAACAAAGAGCAGAACCAAAUUUGUAUCUUAAGACGUUCGCAUUCGGAAGCUAUCAGUACUUCAAUGACGAGAGUCUCUACUGGAAUUCCAAGAACGUGCUGGAGACUGAGUUCGAAGAAGAAUAUGAUGUACCCCAUCAUGGCGGCAUGGUUGUUUCGAAGGGCAUUCUCAAGGACAUCAAGAAUAAGGAAGAUCUCGACCGUGGGGCGUACGAGUUGCCCCUUCCAUCUGUUUCAGGACCAGAAGAGGCGAUGAUGCCCGGAUUCGAGAAUCUGUUCUCCUCAGCAUGGCACGGUUUUCUGUACGACAGUCGCGCGAGUCAAAGUCCUUCCUCUGAAAUGAUCUCAUUGGCUCUGGAACCAGCUAUCUCUGAAGACAAGAUCCAGGGAUUCAAAGCAUCCGGUCGCGCUUUAUGGGGCAGCUUCAUUGUGUCCGGAAAAUGUCACCCGUCGACAUUCUCUCUCACGUUCAAGUACUCAUCGUCGAAUGAGUCGAAUGAGAUGGAAAACAAGCACUUCAGCGGAACCUGGGAUCCAGCAGCGGAGAUGUUGUCCGGCACUCAAGGCCCUGAGGAAGAUGCAAGCACCCACUCUGCGUUGUUUGUGUUCCGACGAUUUUCGCUUGAACACACCUGCUUCAUGCCCUCACCCGGAGAGCUCGAAGAGAGUCGCCCGCGUGCAUUAUGGAAGUUUGCGAUCAAUGCCGUGCACGAUGACAUUCGAAGGGGCCGAUGGGCCUGGUCGCACUUCAGAAGGCGAAGAGAUCGCCGAUUACGAUUUAUCGAGCUGUACAUCCGCAGCAGAAGGAGACCUUGGAAGUCGGAACGUUCGCUGAGCGAUGCGCACCGUGCAGAAUUCGCUCAAUUGAAGAUGAUGACAUUGGCCGACUCGAUAUUCUAUCACUCGCUGGCUGGACGGAUCAACUGCAGUAUGGAGCAGUACAACUACUCCUGCGAUGGCUGCGGAGGCGACAUUAUUUGGGCGCGAGUUAUUUGCUUGGAGUGCCAGAUGAAGGACACCUGGAACACGGUCGACUUUCACGAUUCUGUGGAUUGUAUGGCAGAGCGGGUUUUGCGGGACGACAUGCAGGAGCCCCACCUUCCGGAGCAUGAUUUGCUCAAAGUCCGGCGUCAUUUGCAUUAUCGUCAAAUUGGCAAGACCUUCCGCGAGGCCAAACUAGCGAUGUCAUCCGCUCGAAAGCGGUUGUCAGAGCAGGGUGAGCAGCAUGUCUGUCAGAUCUGUCAAUCCCCUAUCACCGAGCCGCCAUGUUGGUUCUGUGUGCAGUGCGAAGGUCUCAUCUGUUGCGCCUGUGACGACAAGGGCACAAACACAUUGCAAGGCCAUGCUUAUUACCAGCACGAUCUUGUUCGCGUGGUGGAAAAGGUUGCGAGUAGGAAGAAACUGACCAUGGAGGAGAGGCUUGUCAGCGUUGAGAAACGGCUGCAGGAGUUGUUGUUGGCAGUUGGUAGGAUCGAAUCAGGUUCAUCCGUUAUGCAUUGA